CGGCCGGCCCUGGCGUGAUGAGAAGGCGGUUUCGUCAAUCGCCCGUGCUUUUCCCAGAGAUUUUUAAGGUCGUGGGUCAUGGCUCUGGAUGUUGCCCCUUCUCCUUUCCCGGCCCUCUUCUGGACACCCUGCCUAUGGCGCCUCCUCGUAGCCCUCCCUCUCUCCCCUCCGUUUCUUCCCCGGCGGGGACCGCACUUUUGGUUUCUCUCUCUCUCUCAAGGUUGGUGGCACUUCUCUAGCCUCGCGAAACUAAUCCCACUAGCUAGGCAGUGUCAGUAGCUAUAUAUAACCACCUCCAUUGCAGCUUGUUUCCUUGUACCCCAUCACCGGCUGAAUUCCCUUUGCUCCUUCCUUCCUUGUCGAUGGUAGUCGACGUUUGAGUCUGAUACACACCACAAGCUAGCUCGGUAGUAGCUGAGCUGGUACAGUCUCUUCCUCCUUUCAGUGAACUGCUCCUUGGCCGCUGCAGCUAGCUUAGAACGCUUGCAGUGAUCGAUCGAUCGGUCGAGAUGAGCAUCUCGGUGAACGGUCAGUCUGUGGUGCCGCCGGGGUUCCGGUUCCACCCGACGGAGGAGGAGCUCCUGACCUACUACCUGAAGAAGAAGGUGGCCUCGGAGAGCAUCGACCUCGACGUUAUCCGCGAUGUCGAUCUCAACAAGCUCGAGCCAUGGGACAUCCAAGAGAAGUGCCGGAUCGGAUCGGGGCCGCAGAACGACUGGUACUUCUUCAGCCAUAAGGAUAAAAAAUACCCGACGGGAACGCGCACGAACCGCGCGACGGCUGCCGGGUUCUGGAAGGCCACCGGCCGCGACAAGGCCAUCUACUACACCAGCAGCAGCUCCGGCGGCCGUAUCGGCAUGCGCAAGACGCUCGUCUUCUACAAGGGUCGCGCCCCGCACGGCCAGAAGUCCGACUGGAUCAUGCACGAGUACCGCCUCGACGAAGCCCACCCCGUCGCCGCCGACCCCUUCUACCCCUCUCCGCCGUCCGCAAUGCGUGUCGCGGCCGGAGACCAAGCGGCGCAGGAGGAAGGGUGGGUGAUCUGCAGGGUGUUCAAGAAGAAGAGCCUCGUGCACCACGGCCAGAGCAGCGCCGCGACCGCGGCAGCCACGGUGACAAGCCACACGGCCUCCAAGAUGGCAGCCCCAAUGGAGAGCAGCCCGAGCAACUGCUCGUCGGUGACCGUCAGCGACCACGUGAAGGCGCAGAUGCUGCACUCCGCCAGCGACGACGCGCUCGACCACAUCCUCCAGUACAUGGGCAGGUCGUGCAACACGCAGGACACCAAGCCUGCGCUGCUGGACGACCUUGCCGCGACAACUGCUGCUGCUGCGUGUCCGACCAGCGUCGUUUAUGGAAAGUUCAUGAAGCUUCCGCCCCUCGAGCACGCCGGUGGUCUCCUGCCGAGCCCGGCCGAGUACGCCGACGCGUCGGGGAUCGCCGACUGGGACACGCUGGACAGGCUCGCCGCGUACGAGCUCAACGGCCUUUCCGACGCGUCCAAGAACAUGGCCUUCUUCGACGAGCCCAGUGCCGCCGCCUUCUCCUCCGCGCACGCCGGCGACGGUGACCUGUGGAGCCUGGCGCGGUCGGUGUCGUCGUUGCACGCGGACUUGACGAUGAACAACGUAUAAUUAUCAACGGAGACAUGGCGUAUGCAUGCAUGCAUGCCGCACCACUAACUCGAUCUACAUGCAUGCGUGCGCGCGCGCGCGAGUGCAUGGCCGGUAUUGCACGUACGCACGUGUACGUACGUACGUAAAUAAUUCCUAGGGAGACAGAGCGAUGUAAGGUUCACGAUAGGGCCCUAUACGAGAGGGACGGCCGGGAGCUGUUGACGAUGUUAAAGUGCGGUCGAGUUGUUGUCUGUAAGAAAGAAAAAAGAAUAAAAGAAAUUAAAAGGACAGCGUGGUAGGAGAAUAUAAGUAUUAUCAUUGUACCUAGAGCUUAUUAUAAACCUCUCUUUAUUUUUCUAGUGCA